GAUAAUGGUCCAAAUGCGUCAAAUAUUGUCUCCUCGCGCCAAAAAAUUGCUGCUUCCACUCCUCUCUUCAAUCCUUUUGAGUUUGUCUUCCUUCCUUGCCUCCUCUUAAAAGAGUAUUCAUCUGAUUUUCCCUUGAUUAUGCAUAAAUUUAUCAUCACAGGCAGAUUUAUAGAAUCGUUUAUAGAUUUUCAUUUUUUCCCUGUGAAUGAUGAUCGCCUGAUCCAAAAUUAGCCUAAAAUCCUAACAAUAUUACCACUUGAUCCUGGCCAUCAUACGCUGUGAAGUAUUGGAAAAAUGUGUUUUCGCAAAGCCGUUUGCCGUGCGUUUAGGCAUUCAGAUUCAUCUGAAAUCCUUUCGGUUGGCACACCGGGCUUGAGCUACAGGAAGCAGUGAUGAUGUAAGUGGUUUUCCUGCUUAUUCAUCAAACCAAACCAGAAGUUACAGUCAUGGUGAUUAAUAAUGUUGGGGAAUUUCGCUCACUUGUUGAGAAGCUUUAGUCGAGUGGAUUUCAUGUGUAUGUUGAUUUCUCCGAGGGAGGAUUUGUGGGGCGAGAAUCCUUGGGAUUUACUUGACGUAACUCAACCUUGUUUGGCUAUUCCUUCUGCUGCAAAAGUAUUGAAGCAAGAUGGGUAUUGGGCCGGUACGGCCAGGAUUGAUUUUUACUGAUGUGCUUUUGCUGUCGGAAUGGAAGGGGAUUUGGUAGUUGCAAUCAGAAGAGCAUUUUUCUUUUCAAUUCUUCUCUGUUUUCCUCUAAAUUCAAGUGUUUUUGAACUAUUAUUUGUGGAGGGAAUUCAUUCUCUCUGUCAGGAAGACACCCUUACCAACGGAGCCCAGUCUAAUGGAGAUUCUGGAGCUUGUGUUGCGGAGAAAUGGAAAGCCAGUUUUAAAGACCCCUGUGAAAAUGGUGAUUAUAUUUGUCCCGUCAGUUAUAUUGGCAGGCUUAAGCUCAUUCAGAUAUGGCCUGGGGCUCAGGAUGGCUAAUUUCUUCACUACACAGACUGAUGCGAGUUAUGCUAUGGAUAUGGAAAUAAUUUUUCUCAGCGAUAGAGGUGAGAAAAGCAGAACCAGUUCGUAUAAGUUGGCUAGCAAGACACCCCAUGAGUUCAAAGUCAGAUCGGCAGCUCUCCCCGAAAGCAGAAAUGAGGUAACUAGUAUUGAUGAAAGGAUCAGGAUUUUGCAGCUUGGAUCCAUGUUUGCAAUCUGGUAUCUGUUGAACAUUUACUUCAACAUCUACAACAAACAGGUUCUGAAGGUUUAUCCAUUUCCUGCAACAGUAACGGCCUUCCAGUUUGGUUGUGGAACAGUUCUGAUACUUCUGAUGUGGGCGUUAAAUCUGCAUCCCAAACCUAAAGUUAGUAGGUCUCAGUUUGCAGCAAUCUUACUACUUGCUCUUGGGCACACAGUGGGUAACCUUUUAACAAAUGUCAGUCUCGGGAAAGUGGCUGUUUCAUUUACACACACAAUCAAGGCAAUGGAACCUUUCUUCACAGUCUUGCUUUCUGCACUUUAUUUUGGAGAGAGACCCUCAAUAUGGGUUGUUUCUUCUCUCGUGCCUAUUGUCGGUGGCGUAGCAUUGGCAUCAUUCACUGAGGCCUCUUUCAACUGGAUAGGUUUUGGAAGUGCAAUGGCUUCUAACCUUACCAACCAAACACGAAAUGUGUUUAGUAAAAAGCUGAUGGUCAGAAAGGAGGAAACUCUGGAUAAUAUCAAUCUCUUCUCCAUUAUAACAAUCAUAUCAUUUUUAUUUCUGGCGCCUUCUGCCAUUCUCCUGGAAGGUGUCAAGUUUAGUCCUUCAUUCUUGGCAACUCAAGGUUUCAACGUCAAAGAUUUGUGUAUAAGAUUGAUUCUCUCUGGCUUCUGCUUCCAUACCUACCAACAGGUUUCCUAUAUGAUAUUACAGAUGGUGUCACCAGUGACACACGCAGUAGGAAACAGUGUGAAGAGAGUGGUUGUCAUUGUAUCUUCAGUAAUCUUCUUUCAGACACCUGUGUCACCAAUAAAUUCCCUAGGAACUGCCUUGGCUCUUGCUGGAGUUUUCUUGUACUCGAGAGCAAAGAGGAUCAAAGCGAAAGUUGCUUAAGGAGUCGCAAUAAUUGCACUUGGUGUUGCGGAAAAAUGUAACGAUUAGCAAGUAUUAAAGCUCCGACAGGAUGAAUCACUUUUGGGGGGGGGGGGUUGGGAUUCACUGAACUGCAAGCUUUGCUUUGAGGAUUGGUUUCAACUCAAUUGAUUCUUGGAGCGAUCACGGGAAGACUAUGUAUAGGCCUGUUUAAAAUUUGGGUCAAUUUUCAUGUCUACUUUAAAUGACAUAGAAAUUGUGGGACAUUCUUAGUUUUAUACUCAAUUUUUUUCCCUUAAUUGUUACCUGACUCUUGUGAUGUUACAAUUAAUGUGGCAGCUUGUAUAUUUCAGUCUUAAGGUAGUUACGACGGAUUAAGUGAAAAAAUUCAGAUUUGUAUUUUAUA